AUGCUGGUGACGAGUCAGCUGGAAUCGAAGAACGGUGAUGGCUGGCAGUCUUCCAGUAAUAUUCUUAUCAAAUCAGGUGUUGCCAAGAUAACUGACUUUGGCUUAUCAAACGUGUUGAAACAAGCGAUAUCGAAAUCGUCUGACAAAGGCGCGCUUGCAUACAAGGAUCCGUUAUUUCUAGUGAACACGUCAUAUCAACUUGACAAGAAAUCCGACAUAUUUAGUCUUGGCGUAAUAUUUUGGGAAAUAUCGUCUGGAGAAGUUCCAUGUUCAGGACAUACUGAAAUGAACUAUAUUGUUACAUAUAGACGCAAUGGUUUUCGUGAUCUUACCUUCCCUGGAACACCCGAAGAAUAUUUCAAGCUAUACUCAGAAUGUUGGACUGGUGACCGCAGUAAGCGGCCAGAUUGUGAAAAGGUCAGCUUUAAUUACAGUAACAAAACUUUGUUCGACAAAUUACCGAUGUACUAUGUUGAUAUAUAG